GCUCCACUGACUGUGACACAUUUUUACACUCUGGAUUUAAUGUCGACAAAACGAUACAUCGUUGUUUCGCAGCCGGAGAAACAAUUAUUUGUAUUUACAAUGACAAGUAUGAAUGAAAGAUAAUGAGUACUGGUCAAAACCAAGCAUAUUGCCGCCCAACUUGAACAUUAUUUUACCACAAACACAUUCCUGUAGAAAUAAUGGAACGUUAAAGGGACUUUUGAACGACGUUUAAUUGACCGAGAGAUCGCUGUGGACUCCAGGCCGCAGGGGGGCGCCAGACCGCACUCAGACAGGAAGCUACACGGAAGUCUUGAACGCUUGACGGAUGUUUGAAUUAUUUUGAUCAGCGGACCGAAAAGCUUCUCAUCGACACUUAUUGAAUACACUAUAGAAUGUGUAUUAGCGCUUACCUGUGAGGGGGGGUGGCAGCCUGCUGACAUUAUGCCACCCACAAACACAAAGAAGCAGAAGCAGGGGAGGGACACCGCGGUGCAGGGAACCAAUGACAGCAGUGUGGUGAGCAAGGUGUCUGCUGCAGCACAGGGGUACUUCCAGGAUGUCUUCCUCCAACACUUUGUGUGCAAAGUGGCCAGGAGAGCUCCACUCAUCAACAGGGGCUACUAUGUGCGUUGGAGAGCUGUGGACCACUGUGUGAGGAGGUUCCUUCACAUUACUGAAAACUGCCCCAAGAGACAGAUUUUGUCACUGGGCGCCGGGUUCGACUCUCUGUAUUUCCGCCUAUGUGCUGGUGAAGCACUUGACAGGGCUGUCGUGUUCGAGGUCGAUUUUCCUGACGUCACCCGGCGGAAGGCUGCCCUCAUCAACUCUAAUAUCACACUGAGGGGGAUGUUAGACUCCUAUUUACCUUCUCCUACAGGACCUGUUUGUGUGUCCAGUGCUCAGUACCGUCUGCUAGGGGUGGAUGUGAGAGAGGAGUCCCAGGUCGAAGAGGCUCUGAGUGCAGCUGGGAUGGACUGGGUUGCCCCUACUCUCAUUCUCUCUGAAGUGGUGCUUACCUACAUGGAAACACAAUGGUCGGAUACUGUCAUUAGUUGGACAGCCAAGCUCCUGCCACAGUCUCUCUUUGUCAUGUACGAGCAGAUACAUCCUCAUGAUCCCUUUGGCCGGAUCAUGCAAGAUCAUUUUCUGAAACUAAAUUCAACUCUGCACGCCCUCCGACAGUACCCAGACACUGCUGCUCAGAGACACAGGUUCCUGGACAAGGGCUGGGAGCAGUGUGUGUGUCUGGAUAUGAACCUCUUCUACCUCGGGCUGGUCCCUGAAGAAGAGAGAUCCCGAGUGGAGAGCCUUGAGCCGUUUGAUGAAUAUGAGGAGUGGCACCAGAAAUGUUCCCACUACUUCAUCCUUACUGCAUCUCAAGGCUCUUUGAUGGCACAGGCUUUACUCCCGCAUGCUCCAGUAUCUCCAGUGCCAUCCACCUGCCCGUCUUGGAGCCCCACAGCCCUGAGUGUGCAGACCGUACCAGUCUGUUUGGAGGGGCUGGGGAUGGCUAGCUCCUUGGUAAGCCCAGGGCAGGUCCUGCUAACAGGAGGGUGUAGCAGAGGAGGCAGGGGGCCAGUGACCAGGAUCCUCCUCAGGGGCCAGGAAGGCUGGAGAGCUGUCAGUGUGGAACCAGCUCUAGAUUUGGGUGUUCGACUCUACCACACUGUUACCACUCUUCCUGGAGGAGGGAUCAUGGUCUACGGUGGUCGCUCCUCUCCACUCAACCCAACCAGAGGCCUAUUCAGAGUAAUCCUUGACCUCGGUAGUCCUCUCGACGAGGAGCAAGACACGGCAAAACUGUGGGUGGAUCAGAUGGUCUGCACAGGGGAUCCACCUCUGGCAAGAUGGAGGCACACUGCUACUGUGGUCAGUCACAAAGGCAAAGACUUUGUGUUUGUGUUUGGAGGAAAGAAUGAAUCCGAGGCAGCUCUGGGUGGCGGCUACUUCCUGUCUGUAGACCAGCAGCACUGGACUGAGAUCCCAGUAGAGGGCGCAGCUCCAACGGCCCGCCAUUCCCACUCAGCGUGUUCACAUCAGGGAGGUGUGGUGGUGUUUGGGGGACUAGAUGGACGGGGAGUGCCACUGGGGGACACAGUGGUGUUAAGGCCAAGUGAGAGAGGCUUCUGCUGGGAUAGAAUAGAGGUGCAGCCCCCUCCUGUUCCCAGGUAUUCUCAUACUGCCCAUGUGAUUGGUGGAAGGCUGGUUGUGGUUGGUGGAGUCUGGCUGCAUUCAGACGGUGUACCAGGUGGUGUCAUUAUCAACCUCACCACGUGCAGCAGUGUGGAGUUCAGGCUGGACACGACCUCGGUACCCUGGCCUCUGAUGCUCCACUCGUUCUGCUCUGAGCUUACGGACCCAGAGGGACCAGAGCUGCUUCUGAUGGGCGGGGGAGGAAACUGUUUCUCUUUUGGGACUCACUUCAACCUUCAGCCUAUCACUGUGGACCUCACACCUGUGCUGGGAUGAAGUGGCCUCAAGUGUUUGUAUGGAACUGUUAUGCAGCUGAAAUCAAUGACUUAAACUAAGGACCCAAACUCUCACCAUCAGACAUCUCAGACAGGAUGAAAUGGAUAAACCUGGAUUAUUUAGGACAGUUUCAAUAAUUCAAACCUGUUGAAAGUCUACUGUAGACAUAAAAUAUCCAAAGAAA